AUGAGCAUCGGAUCGGACUAGUGUAGGAGUAAAAGGACGGCCGGCCGGCCGGCCGCCCCUUCCCCUCCUCCGGCCAAGGUCGUCCUCUUCGACCCAACCAAACCUUAAUCACCACGAGCACGAACAUGGAGAUAGCAAGGAUCGUCGCUGGGAACCGGAAGGGAUGAAUUCUCAGUCUUCCCCGGUGGUUCUGCUUCACCUCCGCCGGUUGGAUCGCUUCUUCAAGCACCAGGGCCUCCACAGCACCGCCCAUACGCUCGAGAGGGAGUCCAUGGUGUACUUCGACGCCGCGCAUCUGCAGAAGCUGGUGAAGGAUGGGCGGUGGGAAGCCGCCGGAACUUACCUGAAAGGAUUCUCGCCCCUCUGGGAGGGGGAGGGCACAACCCAGCACUACACCUCCUUCUUGCACAAAAUGCAGCACCACACUAUGCUUGCUUUCCUCGCCUGCCGCGGUAAGGAAGGUGGCCACGCCGCCAGCUCGCUUUUCUGGUCCAAUGAUGAUGCCUUCCGCAAAAAGUUCCCCGAGAUUGCGGAGCGCAAUGACCUGUAUCGCUCCAUGGUCUCUGCACAAGCCAGGGCAUCCGUGAACUGGGAGGACAUAAAGCUCAGAACCUUGGAGGAACGGUAGGAGUUGCUUCAUCUUCAUCCUGAAGUCAAAUGCAGCUUACGAAUGCGAGAGCUGUAGUGCACACCCACGGCAUCAGAAAUAACCCCCAUUGGGUACCUCUCAGUCUCCUUUCAACUUCUUCGCCCUUGACCUCUUCAGCAAGAGGCCGUCUCUCUUGCACGAAUGUCUUCCACAUUGCCAGUUUGCGGGGGUCUUGGAGGCGUCAAAGGAAGAGAGUGGAGCGCAAACCAGCAUGUGAACUCGCACGUUUCCUUCUACAGAAGAGGAGGCUACCCUCCAGUCAGCAGACAAAUCAGCCCGGUGACUCAGGUGUUCCAAGUGCACCAAUUUUGGAGGCUAUGCUGCUUACAUCAGAAAGACCAACUAAAAUUAUUUCAAUAGCUCCAAAUAUUAACACAUGUAAAAUAUUUGGGUAUUCAUUGUUUUGCAACAAUGAGAAUUCAUGUGCUCUGUUUUUUUUGCACCUGAAAAUGAAAUAGCCCAAAUGUCUGAAACAAGUUACCAUAAAUGACACACUAGUGCCUAUGCUGAGCCAGUGAUCAUGAACCUUACCCAUUGCAUGUAAUUUAUGUGGUUGUCUUUGUCAGGUAUGAAUCAUUCAAGACCCUAUGAUGCUCAUUUUCGCGAAAGUUUUGAGCAAGCUUUUGAUUCACAAAAGGGUGCAAAGAGGCUACGGACAGCUGGAGAGUUUGCUGAAGUAAGCCGUAUAUGAGAUAGCUGCACGUGUAAUUUUGAAAACCUCGAAUAGAUAGGGAUACAAGAUGCAUCAGCAUGAGUCAGUAUUGGAGUAUUGGGGUGAUUGAAAGGCAGGGUGGCUGUGUCAGCUGUGGUUUAGAGCUACAUGCGCGGCAAUGGCCUGGUUUGACCCCCAAAGCUCCAAAAGCAGGGUUUCAUGCUUGUGCAUGCAUGCGAGACCUGAAUUGGGUCCCCCCAGGGUCAUAUGCGUUGAAUGUUUUUGCAAGCUGUGUAGAACUAGCCUCGGUCACAUCAUUAGUCAGUAGAACUAAAGACGUAAGAUUGGUUAAUGCAAAAUUUGUAGGUUUUUCAGUAGCAGGAAUAUCUGUCUUGAAUACAUACAAUGGUGCGGCUGCGGUUCAGAGGUGGUAAUGGGUUAUGGUCCUAGUGGUCUCUUCGCAGUCCAAUAAGACUUUUAAAUUAUUUAGUUCAAAAUUGUAUAAGAUUGCAGUUAGAUUUUCUAGUUCAAAAUCUUGGACCAUUUACCACCCUUAGCUGUGGGUACGGCACUGGCGUUACAGUGGCCUUGUUUGGUUAAUGCUAGUGACUAGCACGUGCGUUUCCCGAAAAAAAUCUUGAUGUAUGAAGUACUAAAUGAAGUCUAUUUGCAAAACUUUUUUAGGGAUGUGAGUAACUUUUCGCGAUGAAUCUAAUAACGGUAAUUAAUCCAUGAUUGACUACAGUAAUGCUAAGAUUUCUAGCGCAAAGAUUCUGAAGUUGGUUUUAUAAAAUAGCUUUGUUUGAUACCGUAAUUAGUGGUUCAAGUUUCCUAGUACUCCCUAGUGCUGGAAACCAAACAAGGCCAGUAUAAGUAUCCUUAUAGAGUAAACAGCAAGAUCAGAUUAUGUAGAAUAUCUGUCAAGUGUUCCAACAAACGCGGGCAUGGGAUUUCUGGACAAUAAGAUGACAUUCUUCUAAAGCAUAAGCAGAUCGCGGACACCUGGGCAUGGUGCGUAUCAGAAACUGAAGUACUAGUAGCAAGCACAGCUUGGGUUGCAGCCGCAUGCUCCUAGAUUAGAAAUGAUUCCUUUCGAUUCACCCCGAGGGAUGCAACUAUGCAAGAUGCAAAAUAGGAACCUGGUCCUUGGAAAGUACUGCUAGUCUGCUAUACACAGAAAUCACGAGAUAAUAGCGUUGAUUUUCUGAGGUCAAAAUCCAAGUCGACACUGGCUUUUGAUGUUCAACUGGGGCAUAACGUGAGUUAUUUUUUGAAAAAAAAAGAAGAGGCAUAACGUGAGUUAUUUUCGACACACCGAAGCCCAUCCGAAACGGACCCAAAAGCCCAAAACAACACAAAGUCCGAAUCCUCCUCCUCCUCCUCUCUCCGUCGCGUCCGCUCCGUCCGUCGUGCUGCCCUCGGCCGGCGCCGCUCGUUGACAGGACCGCUCGCCACGACAUCGGGCGCAGCACUCGCAGCUCGCCGUCGCCGCCGCGCGGCCUCACUCCCACGCCUCGCCGGCCAUCCCCUCUCCGCCCUCACGCGCCCGCGACCUGCGCACACUCGAGAGAUCCAGCACCCCCUAAACCCUACCGGCUCAGCUCGCCCCCUUAGCGCUGGCGGCGGCAAUGGAGGACGAGGAGAUGGAGAAGAAAGUGCAGCAGUACCUGCAGCGCAAGGGGUUCCGCCUCACCGAGCUUGCGCUGCAGGAGGAGCGCAACCGCCUCUCCACCUCCGCCGUCUCCGACGUCACGCUUGCCAGAUCUGACAAUGAUCCGGGAAGAUACCAUGAUGGAUAUAGUAGACUAAGAACAUGGGCAUAUAGUUCUCUUGAUCAAUACAAGCAUGAAUUACUCCGUGUCCUUUACCCAGUUUUUAUCCAUUGCUUCAUGGAUCUAGUGACAGAGGGACAUAUGCAGGAAGCUCGGUCAUUUUUCCAUAAGUUUCGGGAAGAUCAUGAAGUAAUGCAUUCAAGGGAUCUUCAGAAGCUGGAAGCUGUCCUCUCCUCUUCACAUCUGGAGGAAAUGGAACUGGCCCGAUCUUUAAGGCAAAAUAAAUUUAAAAUUAAAUUAUGCGAGUAUUCAUACGAAUUGCUUCUCCAGUAUCUCCAGAAAACACAAGCUCUUGUUGUGCUUGGGGUAAUCAAUGAGCACAUAACUUUUGAAGUAUCUCCUGGGCAACCCUCAUUAAUUUCUGAUGAUGCGGACGUUGUUGCCCUGAUUGGAACAAGUAAGGACUUGGCAAAGCAGAUAAAUCAGAAGGAAGUGCAUUGGGGGGAGCUUGAAGAUUCUGUUGAAGAGCGAAUGGAGAAGGCACUAGCAGAAUCUGAUAAAGUUGAAGCUGAAAGCAAGGAUGCCGGCACAGAAGAUAACAAGAAAAGAAACGCAGAAGGUGGAAAGCAAGGUGCUUCUCUUAAGAAGAGCAAAAAGGAUAAGCUUGUAGGCGCAACUGGAAAAAACAUCAGAACUGAAACAAGCAUGGUUUCUGUGGCACCUCGUGUGAAACCAGAGCUAACUCUGCCAACAACGCCUGUCGAAGUUGAACAAUCGAUUCUUGAGGAUCUGCGAAACCGUGCACAACUGAAUAGUGUGGCAUUACCGUCUGUUAGCUUCUACACAUUCCUCAAUACACAUAAUGGAUUAAACUGUUCAUCGAUAUCACAUGAUGGGUCUUUGGUUGUGGGUGGGUUUUCUGAUUCGUCAGUGAAGGUUUGGGAUAUGUCAAAGAUUGGUCAACCAGCAAAAACAUCUAGUUCACAGGGGGAUAAUGGAUCUUCCCAGGGUGAACGCAUGUCAACCAUAGAUGAGGGGAAAAGACCUUAUACACUAUUCCAAGGUCAUUCUGGACCAGUUUAUUCAGCGGCCUUUAGCCCGUUUGGGGAUUUUCUCUUGUCAUCAUCUUCAGAUUCAACAAUUAGACUUUGGAGUACCAAGCUGAAUGCCAAUCUUGUCUGUUACAAAGGACACAACUACCCAGUUUGGGAUGUCCAAUUCAGCCCGGUCGGUCAUUACUUUGCUAGUGCUUCACAUGACAGGACUGCUAGAAUCUGGUCAAUGGAUAAAAUUCAGCCUUUGCGGAUAAUGGCUGGGCAUCUUUCUGAUGUUGAUUGUGUCCAGUGGCAUGUAAACUGUAACUACAUUGCCACUGGUUCUAGCGACAAGACUGUAAGACUAUGGGAUGUUCAGUCAGGCGAGUGUAUACGGAUGUUUAUUGGUCAUAGGAGUAUGGUUUUAUCACUGGCAAUGUCACCCGAUGGACGAUACAUGGCCUCUGGAGACGAAGAUGGAACCAUCAUGAUAUGGGAUCUAUCUACUGGUCGCUGUGUUUCACCACUACUAGGACACAGCUCUUGUGUGUGGACACUUGCUUUCAGCUGUGAAGGGGCACUGCUUGCAUCUGGAUCAGCCGACUGUACUGUAAAACUAUGGGAUGUCGCUUCCAGCACAAAGGCCCUGAAGACAGAGGACACCAAAGGCGGUACAGCUAACCGACUGAGGUUGCUUAAAGCUCUCCCCACAAAAUCAACUCCUGUUUAUAGCCUGCGGUUCUCUCGGCGGAACCUUCUAUUUGCGUCCGGUGCUCUCUCGCUGAACACGUUGUAAGCUGCAUUGAGAAGCGGACCUGCCUGUGGGUCCAAUAUUUCCAUUAUAGAUUUGUAGAGCUUACAUUGUCAUUGGCGAUUGCAUGUAGCCUCUAACUUGGCCCGCAACCAUUGCGGAUCCUCGUAAGCACACGACUGCACGAGUGAUGUUGUAAAAAUGUUAUGUAUUACACUGUAAAAUCACUACCAUUUUCUAGGUUGCGGAAUUGAAAACAUGAUUAAUGCAGCUUAGGGCAGCUCCAGCGUA